AGGCGGAGGAGGGCGCUGGUGCUGGCAGCGGCCGCCCCGUCCCGCCCCGCAGCCGCCGGGCACCGGGCAGGCGGCGGCGCGCAUGGAGGAGGCGGCGGCGGCCCCGGCCCCGGGCGGCGGCCCUGGUACCCUGCUGCUCUGCCUGGCCCUCGCCUCCGGCUUGGCGUUCUUCACUUGCGUGGGUGCCGACACCAAUGUCACCGCCAGCCAUGGCACAGAGGGGUUGGCCUGCGACACGGCCAAAGGCUGCACGGGGAACGUGACGCAGCUGAGGCGGCAGGGUCACUUCUCCAGGUGCCCAGAGGAGUACAGUCACUACUGCGUCAAAGGGAGAUGCCGCUUCCUUGUGGCUGAGAACGCACCAGCUUGUGUAUGCGAGCGAGGCUACACGGGGGCUCGCUGCGAGAGGGUGGACAUCUUCUACCUGAGAGGCGACCGGGGCCAGAUCGUGAUCAUCUCCUUGAUCGCUGCCAUCGUCAGCCUCAUCAUCCUCAUCAUCUCCGCCUGCCUCUGCAGUCACCACUGUCGGAAGCAGCGUAGGAAGAGAAAGGCGGAAGAGAUGGAGACGUUGAACAAGAAUUUGCCUUCCAAAAGUGAGGACGUGCUGGAGACGGGCAUCGUGUGAAGGAGCACCAGGUACCUGCAGGCGGGUCCUGGACAGCAGCACCGGCUGGUUCGAUGGGCGAGGGCUAAAAUUUACAACGGCUUGAAUAAAGGGGUGACGGAAAGGUG